GAGCGAGUUUGAAAAUAGAGAAAGACGGAGCAGUGGAGUUUAUCUGCUGGAGAUGUGAGCAGUGACACAAACGGACGGGUCCAGAUGAGGUUUGGCUUUUCAAGGCGAAUUGCCAGAGGUUGUAUGUUGACUGUACUACAGGACGCCGUGUGAGAGAGCUCCUCUCUGGAAUAUGUUGGACAUGUUGCAGCAGUUUGUAGAGGAGUCAGGCGAUGUGAGACAUGUGGACAUGUGAUGGAUCGCUUAGGGUGGACAUAUUAUACAGUAGUUUUCACUGUGAAGCUGUUACAAUCCAGCAGGUGGCGGUAAUGCAGCUUCACUUACAUUGAUGCGAAACGCUGUAAAACUCAACAGAAAGAAGAAGACACCAGGCACACGCUAUGUGUCUUCGUCCUGUUGUGAUUUGGUUGUGGAUUAUCUUUCUUCGUUAGCAGUAGCUGCUGUUGAUGCUAAAUAUGCCGAUUUGCAAACAGCAUAUAGGUGUUUACUGAGGUGUGUACUAGCAGUCCGGUGUACUCGUUUGUAAAGCCUAAACCAAAAUGUUAAGCGUGGAGUCGUUGCAAGUGGCUGAGGAGGAGGUGGUUGAAUCCAGCUCCAAUAAACUCGGCGACAUUUACACUUUCGUGGCUAAAGGCUGCUUUCCUCAGACGAUGAACCCUUUACGGAAGAAGAAUCUCAAAAGAUACGCCCAGAAAUUUAUCAUCGACGAUGGCAAGCUGUACUAUGUGGGGCCCAAGAAAGACGAGAAGAGGGAGGUUGUCAUAGAGGCUGAGAGAAAGAGGCAGAUCUUUCUUGACUGCCACUUUAACGAAUUCGGUCAUCACCUGGGCCAGAAGAAGACAGUCCACAGGAUCCAGAGCAAGUACUACUGGCUGGGAAUCAUCAAGGACGUAGUCGAUUGGAUUAAAGUAUGUGAUACCUGUCAGCACACAGAGAGGAAUAAAAACCUGGCAAGGACUGUCCGGCCGAUAAAAGUGGAUGCGCCGUGGGAUAUUGUUGGGAUUGACAUUAUAGGACCUUUCCCAGAGACCCAGCAAGGCAACACCAGUGUCAUACUCCUCAUUGAUUACUUCAGUAAAUGGCCAGAAGCUUUUCCAGUGCAAAAAACAGAUGCUCUCUCUGUUGCAAGAUGCAUUUCCAAAUGCAUAUACAGGUUUGGUGCCCCCAAAACAAUAGCGUGCACGCAGAAUGCUGACUUCUGUGAUGAGGUGACAAAGCUGCUGUGCGACAGGUGGAGCAUCGUGCAGAAGGUUUCUCCUCUGGAUCAACCUCAGCUUAACCCGCUCCACGACCGCACGAGUCCUUUACUGAAGGAAGCCAUGCUGCAGAUGGUGACGGAGAAGCACGCCGAAUGGGACGACUUCCUGGACCCUGUGCUGUUUCUGUUUAGGACAUCCACCAACCCCACGACCAAGUUCACCCCUUAUUCGCUCAUGUUCAGCAGGAAGGCUAAUUUACCAAAUGAGACCUCAUUGAACCUGCCGAAUUAUGACGACCAAGAGCAGGAUAUGUAUUCCACAAAGGAGAAGGCCUCGGCAUAUAUGACCAUAAUGCAGGAGCAGCAGAACUCCGUGAAGCAGCUGGUGCUCGCCAACAUGAACACAGCCUACAAACAAGAGAAGAAGAAGAACGCCAAACGGAGGACAUAUAACAUGCACUCCAUGACCGUUAAAAUCGCAGAGCCCCUGUUCAGUGCAGGAGACUCGCCCUCCCCCAAAAAACUGAAAGAGAGUUUAUAUUUGUCUUUUCCUGUUGAGACGGUGCUGGCCACCGAGCAAAGCGGCUCAGAAGACAUAAAGACUGAGUUGGCGUAUCACUUAGCGGAGUCUGACGUCCACUGAGGAGGACGGUGUGAAGAGACUGCAGAGAGGACUCGUCAGUGGAGCCGUCAUGAGCUGCCUGAAGUCUUGGACAGAAAAGAUGGGAAUCCAGACUUUGGAGAAUUGAGUGUGAAGGCUAGUGCUACAAACACCAGUUAAACACACUGCUGGUGUCGAUGUUGCACUUGUAGAUGAAUCCAAAGGCCAAAGAAAUGACCGUAAUAAAAGAGCAACAUGAGUUGUUGAGCUUUUGCUCCUGGUUCCAUACAAAAGGCAUUGUUGUUGAAAAUGAUGUGAACUUAGUUUUCACAGAUUUUUCAGCUACAAUACU